GGGCGGGUGGACCCGCGGGCGGCGGGGGGCGCGGGAGAGCGGGCGGAGGGAACCAGGGCGGCCGGAGUGUGUGCGCCGCCCGCGGUCCGGUCACGUCCCCGCGCGGGCGCCGCCGCCCGCAUAGUGCGGAACGAAGGUGCCGCGGCCCUUGUUUGCCACCCCGCCAGCCCGCGCUGCCCGCGCCGCCCGGAGCAGCUCGGCGGAUGCACGGUGCCGCGGCCCGGAGGUGAAGGGCGGAUGCCCGAGGCAGGGGGGCCGCAGGGAGCGCCUGUGGCAGCGGCACUGGCGGCGGGCCUUCCAGCCACACUUAGCAGCAUCGCCACAGCAACCGGGGACCAGACGGCCGCAGCCUAGGCAGAGGCGAGUGGGCAGAGGCGAGUGGACUGCUUCCCACCAUCAGGAGGACAGGAAAUGACUGCUGCGCAGCAGGCCAGGUGGCAGCCCGGGGAGGGGGAGUGUCACUAGAGGGAGGGCUCGGCCACCUCCCGCAGCAGGAGCGCCAUGCCAGCCACAGGAGAGGCGCUGGGGCAGGGGCUGCCGUGGGACCUGGCCUCGCCCCGCCACCCACGCUGAGCACCCAAGGGCUCCGUCGUCCGCUGGGCACGCCGCCUGCGUCUCAGCGUCCCGUUCUGUGGGGCAGGAGGAGAGGCGCCAGUCCCGUGCUCCUGCCUGGGCCCGCCGCUGCCAGACCAUGGGAUGUCGGCAAAGCUCAGAGGAGAAAGAGGCGGCGCGUCGGUCCCGGCGAAUCGACCGCCACCUGCGUUCAGAGAGCCAGCGGCAGCGCCGUGAGAUCAAGCUGCUCCUGCUGGGCACCAGCAACUCGGGCAAGAGCACCAUCGUGAAGCAGAUGAAGAUCAUCCACAGUGGAGGCUUCAACCUGGAGGCCUGCAAGGAGUACAAGCCGCUCAUCAUCUACAACGCCAUCGACUCGCUGACCCGCAUCAUCCGCGCCCUGGCCGCUCUGAAGAUCGACUUCCACAACCCCGACCGCGCCUACGACGCCGUGCAGCUCUUCGCGCUGACCGGCCCGGCCGAGAGCAAGGGCGAGAUCACCCCUGAGCUGCUGGGCGUCAUGCGGCGGCUCUGGGCCGACCCCGGGGCGCAGGCCUGCUUCGGCCGCUCCAGCGAGUACCACCUGGAGGACAACGCGGCCUACUACCUGAACGACCUGGAGCGCAUCGCCGCGCCCGACUACAUCCCCACGGUCGAGGACAUCCUGCGCUCCCGGGACAUGACCACUGGCAUUGUGGAGAACAAGUUCACCUUCAAGGAGCUCACCUUCAAGAUGGUGGAUGUGGGUGGGCAGCGGUCGGAGCGCAAAAAGUGGAUCCACUGCUUCGAGGGUGUCACAGCCAUCAUCUUCUGCGUGGAGCUUAGUGGCUACGACCUGAAGCUCUACGAGGACAACCAGACGGAGCUCCCUCGCUGCCCGUUUCCCGGAGAAGCUGUUGUGUUCCCGGCCUGUGCCAGGCCUGGUGUGCGCCAGUGGUGUGCCUGCUGUGCACCUGCCUGGGGGCCAGGCGCCCAGAGCCGAAUGGCAGAGAGCCUGCGCCUUUUUGACUCCAUCUGCAACAACAACUGGUUCGUCAACACCUCACUCAUCCUCUUCCUGAACAAGAAGGACCUGCUGGCGGAGAAGAUCCGGCGCAUCCCGCUCACCGUCUGCUUCCCCGAGUACAAGGGCCAGAACACCUACGAGGAGGCCGCCGUGUACAUCCAGCGGCAGUUCGAGGACCUGAACCGCAACAAGGAGACCAAGGAGAUCUACUCCCACUUCACCUGCGCCACCGACACCAGUAACAUCCAGUUCGUCUUUGACGCAGUGACAGAUGUCAUCAUACAGAACAAUCUCAAGUACAUAGGCCUCUGCUGAGGGGCUGGGCCGGCCCGCCUGCCUGGGACGAAACCCCUGGGGUGUCACACCCCAACUCCACUCGUGCUAGGGAGACUUUAGCCCGGGGGCAGAAAACGGGGGGGCCUUAAGAGCAUCCCUCCCCCCUCCGCCUCCUUGGCCCCCACAUUUCCACAGACAUAAAUACAUACGGAUAGAUCGCUAGGUAGGUAGACACACGCGCACGCACACUCACAGUCUGGGGACAGCCAAGUCCUCCGAAACGUCGAGGUCUCUUGAAGACUUGAGAAGCUGCCACCAAGGUCCCUACAAGCCCUUUCCCCUCCCUGAGUUGGCCCCGCUCUGCAUGGGGGCCCCCGUGGGACUACGGGGGAGGCAGCUGGGCCACCUGGAGGGGCCAGCCCUGCCCUAGAAUAGGGGCCUUGCCCCAGGAGGGAGGACCAGAGAGGGUCCGAGCACCUUCCCUGCGGGACACGCCCACCUCUGGCCGACUGGGCUCUGGAACCAGGGUGCACAGCCAGAGGACAGCCCUAACCAGACCUCCAGCCACUCACAGCCCUUUUUAAACAGCUUCAAAAUAUGCAGCAAAAAUCCACACAAUAACGUGAGUGGCGCGAUUGGUUUCCAACCUGGCCAGCUGGGUUCCAGCUUUUCUUCUACUCGUCUGGUGUUUUAUAAAUCAAACCUGGUUUUUCUUCUCUGACAUCCUUUUUUUUUUUUUUUGGCCAAACCUCGUGGUGUUUCGCAGAAAAACAAAUACAGACAAUUUCAAAUGCAGUUGAGUGUUCUUUUUUAAAAAUGCAGAUUUUCGAAACCUAUUUUUUUUCAGGUGGUCCUUUUUGUGUCUGGCUUGCUGAGCGUAACCGCUGUUAUCUGGAUGAGUCCGUCCCCUGUUCCCGAGCGACGCUGGAGCGGCGGCCGCCCCACGGCCGCCUCGCAGGGCAGCGUUGUACAUACGCCUGGGCAGCGUCCUCUUGUUACUGGUGCGGUUUCUGCUUCGUUUUUAUUUCAGAAAAUAAAUGUGAUGUAUUUAAAGAAGGUUCCUCACCUAGGAGCGAAUGAACAAUAGCUGAAUGUCUUGGUACUUAAAGAUUAAAUUGUCUGUGUGGCUUCGCAAGUAGAGGAAGGGAAGGCGAGAGAUGGGGCCCUGGCCCCGAACACCCUGCGCCCGAGGCUGAGAGCAGCUGUGACUCCUGUGAAGGCUCAGCCCGAGUUGUAGCCUGAGGGAGGCCCUGCUGGGACCGCCAGCUCCGGCCGUCCUGCCCAGGGGGCUGUGGCACCUGCCACCAUGAAAGGACCUUGGCCGAGGGCCACAUGUAAAUCCAAACCCCCGCUGCCACCAAGAGGGAAGGCACCACCAGAGACCCUGCCAAAUCUUCUCUCUUCGCCUUUGUUUGGUACCCACGUGUCCAAGGUCAGGGCCCAGAGUCGCGUCCAAGGUCAGGGCGCAGAGUUGCAGCCAAGGACUUUCAGAGAUGUACAGAGGGAAGAGGAGCCGGUAUGGUAUGAAAGUCAAAGAUUGUCUACUUUAAGAAAAUAAAAUAUCCUGAAUGAGCCAA